AUUUGUAUCAUAUUUUUUGUAUCAUAUGUUCACGCAUUUAACUAAUAUUUAAGCUAAAUUAACUUCAGUUGCGAGCGAAUAAACAAAAUUAAUUAAUUAAUUACGAUGUGUACGUUUUCGGGUAUUGAAUUGCAUGAAAACACGAAACGUAUCUUAGUGUUGAGUCAAUGUUUCGGUUUGAUACCAGUUUCGGGGGUGUUAAGUGGAAAAUUAAAAUAUAAACGUAGUAGUUUUAAAGUGCGUUAUUCUUAUUUAUUAUUGGCAGCGCAUUUUGUUAUGGCGUCGAUGACUAUUGGUGAUUUAUUUUUUCGAACGGUUUCUUUUCGUUCUUGUAAUGUAAUAAUGAUAUACGUCCCUGGAUUUUUAAUGCACUGGCAAUUUUUAAACAUCGGACAAGAUUGGCCUGAGUUAAUGCAACAAUUUCGACGUGUAGAAGAACUUUUCAAGUCAAAUUGUUACAAAACACAGAAAAAGCGAAAAUCUUUAUUCACCGGCACGCUUUUAACUACAUUAUUCAUUUUAUCAAUCACAAUAUGUGAAUAUAGUUUUUCUAUCGCUAGUGUUUACGAUGUUAUUGCACGAACAGGCAACGUAGAAGAUUUAAACGUCUGGAAAGUCAUGAUAAAAGAAAUUUUCUCUUUUAUCACUGACUACGUUCGAUAUUCGUCUCUUUUAGCAUUUGUUUUGUUGACAAUGAAUUUCUAUUGUACUUUCAUCUGGAAUUUCAUGGAUUUGUUUAUAAUUAUCAUGUGUAAUGCAAUUGCGAGAAAAUUUGAAGCUAUUGGAAGAGAAAUUCUGAAAAGUUCACGCGAAGAGUUGGAAAAUGAAUAUUACUGGCAGAAAAUGCGUGAGGAUUAUAAUCAACUGGCAAAGUUAUUUUAUUACUUGGAUCAGAAAAUUUCUGGAAUUGUUUUACUAUCAUUUGCAUCGAAUAUGUAUUUUAUUCUUGUGCAAUUAUUUCGAAGUUUGAGUUUAAGCAACUCCAACGUCGAGAAAAUCUACUUUGUCGUCUCCUUUGGCAUGUUACUCUUACGAACUGGCGCUGUUUCAAUCGUCGCAGCUCGUUUAAACGACUCCAGCCGCACACCGUUAACUUUUCUCACCCUACAACCAUCAGAAUACUACUGCCCGGACCUAGAACGACUAAUUCUACAAAUAAGCCAAGACGACAUCGCAUUAUCCGGCUACAAAAGCUUCAAAAUCACUCGUGGAUUCUUAUUUCGCAUUGCAGGUACAAUCGUCACCUAUGAACUCUUCCUCUUCCAAUUCAACUUAAGCUUAAACAUGAUGAGAUAAACAAGUCAAACACCCAAAAUAUGCACAAUUAACUUAUUAUUUUAUCAAUACACUGUCAUACUUAAUUUUUAUCAGGCAUCAUACCGCCACAAUCAAUAAAAUUGUUCUUGAUUUCGAAUUGUGGAAGCAAAACAUUUAAAUUCGACAUUCUGUUGCGUGCGAUGCGCACACAAAUCACAAAUGAAUCACAGAAUGCGCAUCAUCUAUGUACAACCGACUUAUCAUUUACAUACCAUUCUAAUACGUAAUUCUUUCUUGGUUACUUUUAAUUUUUAUAAAUAAACAACGCAAUAAAAUUUCA